AUGGAAUCCUCAGCGGGCCGGCUUUGCGUCCGAUAUGCGGUGCUGGCGAACACCGGGCUCUCGUGUGCCACGAUUUGCCAGGACCGAGAUCUCAAGAGGUGGACGUACAGGUCUUGGAAUCUCUCUUUACGGCUGAUGCGCCAGGAGCGGAGUGCGGCCGAGGAGGCCGUCGCCAACUUGGCGGCUGUGGCCUCUAAGCCAGUGGUGAUGACGAGGUGGCCGCGUUGGUGCCUGGAGUCGUUGGAGCCUCUCCAACGGCUGGGGGCAGUGCAGAGGCUACCGGUGGCCUUCUUUCACGCCUGGGUCCUGGUCGCCAGGUGCAGCUGCACCCGACGAGGAGCAUCGGGCUUCGCUUUGCUCCACAAACUCUCGGAGCGAACCUGGCUUCGAGAAAGUCUCUCUUGGUGGGAGCGCUGCACCAAGGAGGCUGCACGGCUUCGGGAGCUCCGCAGCCACCAGCAGGACCUCCUUCGACUUCGACACAGAAAUGCUGCGGCCGCUGCAAAGGUGGCGGCCCCUUCAACCGCUGCUUGCGAGGAGUUGAGUCUGCGUCUCCUCCUGACGGCCUGGGCGGGUGCUGCGAAAACCGCGGCAGCCGCGUCGGCUGAGACGCUCCUGCCAGCCGUGGAGGAGCUGGGCCGUGGCGGUUCUUCUCUCCAAGAUGCUCCGCCAAAGGAGGGCGUGGAGGAGCUCGAGGCGAUCCUGAAAGCCACGCAGCAGGGCUCGGGCGUUUCCCAGCCCCAUGAUCAGCUGCAGCAGGAAUGCGAGGAGCUGAGGCGUGCGCUUUCGGAGCAGCAGGGCAACUUUGCCCGCUCCUGGCGGCGGAUGCAGGAAGAGCAGGAGGAGCUUCAGCGACAGCGGUUCCUCCUCGUCGACGAGCUCGCGCGCUGCCGGGAGUCGGCUGCCCAAGCCCAGGAGGUUGCCUGCGGCGAGCGCCAGGAGCUUCUAGCCAAGCUGCAGUUGGCCGAGGAAAAGGCAGCAAGUGGAAAAGAAAGACUCGAUACGGAGAUUUCUGAUGAGGCACAGGUGUGUGAAGAGGCAGUCAGGCCGAGCAGCGAACUCGCCUUGGCGGAGAGCAAGGCGCCCUGCGGAGAGGUGAGCAGCGAGUUCACCCCGGCGAACGGCAAUGCUCUGGCGAGUCAGGUAGUGUGUGGAGAGAGAGACGGGCUGAGCGGCGAGCUUGCCCCGACGAAGAGCAAUGCACCGACUGGCGAGGCCGAGUGUGAAGAAGGAGACCGGCCGAGCAGCGAACUCGCCCCGGCAGAGACUAAGGCAGUGUGCGGAGAAGGAGAGAGGCGGAUCAGCGGGCUGACGCCGGUCGAGAGCCAUGCUCAGGAGCUGCAGGUUCUGAGCCAGGAUCUCUUGCUGCAGUUGGGCUCGGUGAGGGCGCGGCGUCAGGAAGCUUGGUGGAAGCACCUCCACUGCCUGGAGCAGCGAAUCCUCCGGCAGACCACGACUUCCGCGCUCCGGGCAACCUUCACCGCGUGGCGGAGCCAAAGCUCUGGCGCAGAGAGCUUUAGGCGGCGCCAGCUCUUAGAUGGGCAUUGGGUGCCCUGGGAUGAGCGACGGCUAGGUCGUUCAUUUCGAGCAUGGGCUAUGCUGGUAAUGGCAGUUGGCCGACGCCGAGCCCUUCUGGCAGUGACGGUGGAGGCCUUCGCGAGCGGCCGCGCACGAGUGAAGCGACGGGCGAGCUUCUGUGCCUGGAAGGUUGCUGCCGCAGGCGCUCCGGCGCCCACCGCCAGCAGCAGCGUGCAAACUUCACCAGAUGUGCCGGCGAUCACUGCCAGCAGCAGUACACAGACCUCACCAGAUGCUCCGGCGCCCACCGCCAGCAGCAGCGUGCAAACUUCACCAGAUGUGCCGGCGAUCACUGCCAGCAGCAGUACACAGACCUCACCAGAUGCUCCGACGCCCACCGCCAGCAGCAGCGUACAAACUUCACCAGAUGCGCCGGCGACCACUGCCAGCAGCAGUACACAGACGUCACCAGAUGCGCUGGCCCCCACUGCCAGCAGCAGUACGCAGACGUCGCCAGAUGCUCCGGUGCCCACGGCCAGCAGCGGUGUCCAAGCUUCACCAGAUGCUCCGGCACCCACUGCCAGCAGCAGUACGCAAAGUUCGCCAGAUGCUCCGGCACCCACUGCCAGCAGCAGUACGCAGACUUCGCCAGAUGCUCCGGCGCCCACCGCCAGCAGCAGUGUACAAACGUCGCCAGAUGCUCCGGCGGCGACUGCCAGCAGCAGCACACAAACUUCGCCAGGUGCACCAUGCACAGAUGUGCAGCCAACAACGGCCACAAGCGCCGUGCAGACAGCUGCAGAUCUGCCAACCACAGCCACCAGCGCUCAAACCGAACCAGGCUCGCCAGUGGCAGACUCCUUCGUGCAAGCGACUGCUACUGAGAGUAGUGCCGCCGUGCAGACAGGAGAUGACUUGGACGCAGCAUGGUCGCUUCAAGAGAGCGAUCUGGUGACCUUCACCAUCGAUCUUGAAGCAGACGAAGUGCGACAGAAGAGGGCGGCCUCACCUGUGACAGCAGAAGGCAAGGCUGACGAGGGGAUUGGUCGCGGCGACGGCGGCGUGGCUCGGCGAAUUUUCCCUGGCGGAGCAUCCUGCGACGAGACGGAAGAGCUGGAGCUUGCGAGGGCAGCGCCUGGCAGAGUGCAGGCAAACUCUCGCUGGACUCGUCGACCACGGGGAGACAUCCAUGCAAGCUCACAGGGCUCUGGGCAGCGCGCCCGGCCAUCGGCCAACGCCACUCCAAAGAGAAGAGCGACGUCCAAGACAGCGGCGCUGUUGGCACAGACCCUGUCAUCACCGAGGCCAACGCAGCGGACCCCAGGCCGCCACAACUUUGCACAGGACACUGCAUCGACUCAGCUGAGUGAGCGGCUGUCGCGGCAGGUGGCUCGUGCCGCCGUCGCGGUGGAUGCAGCAAAGGGCUCCAGUCGCGGUCGAGGAAGCCAGGGAUGCGCACUGCGGCGUCCGCCGAGGGAGCAUUGCGUGGCCGAGUCCGAGAUCUCCCUUUUGCAGCUCUCGGCAGGACUCCGCCACGACGUGGCGCACGAGUCGCCCAUGCAGUCCCGCCGAUCGCCUCGGAGCUCCAGCUCAACAUCCUCCAGGUCUCCGCAUUCGCCCGGGCGCUGUCCCUGGCACGGCUCGGGCGCUGCUGCGCGCUCCGGCGUGGCACCCUUGUACUACGAAGGUCCGGAUCUUCGGUUCACCUCCGAGGCCGCGCUGUCCCUGGAGGCCGCGGGAUUCCAGGUGUCUGCUGAGUUCCUCCCUCCGAGAAGACUCCCAGGCGGAUCCCCACUCCAAAGCGCGCGUGACAUCCAUUGGGCACUGGCAGCUCCAGAGCAGCAUCCCUAA